CAAAAGUUUUUUUUUAUUUUUUUUAUUUUUUAUGUACUGCUCCUUGAGGAACUGGGCUAACUCAUAGGCAGUGCAUCCAGAUUCGGCAUUUUUUUUUUUUUUUAGACAGAGUCUCGCACUGUCACCCUGGCUGGAGUGCAAUGGCACAAUCUCGGCUCACUGCAACCUCUGCCUCCCAGGUUCAAGUGAUUCUCCUGCCUCAGCUUCCCAAGUAGCUGGGAUUACAGGCACACACCACCACACCUGGCUAAUUUUUUGUAUUUUAGUACAGAUGGGGUUUCACUAUGUUGGCCAGACUGGUCUCGAACUCCUGACCUUGUGAUCUGCCCACCUCGGCCUCCCAAAGUGCUGGGAUUACAGGCGUGAGCCAUCGCGCCCAGCCAAAAAAUAUUUUUUAAUUGUUAAAAAUAAUAAUGGAAUGCCAAAUGUAGUAGAACAGUUUCACAAUGACAAGAACUAUUAGUUCUUAAAAAAUCCCCAAGAUUCAGAUAAGAGAUUACAAAAACCUUGAUAAAUUAGUGACAUUGUGUAAAAUCAACAGUGCUGGGUUUGCUGGCUCAGACCUGUAAUCAUUGCAUUUAGGGAGGCAGAGGCGGGAGGAGUGCUUGAGCCCAGGAGUUUGAGAGCCUGGCCAACAUAGCAAGACCCCAUUCUCUACAAAACGGAAAAUAAAAUAAAAUAAAAUCAGCAUUUUGUUUUAUUUUAUUUAUUUAUUUGAGAUGGAGUCUCGGUCUGUCUCCCUGGCUGGAGUGCAGUGGCGUGAUCUCAGCUCACUGCAGCCUCUGCCUCCCGGGUUCAAUCGAUUCUCCUGCCUCAGCCUCCCAAGUAGUUGGGAUUACAGGUAUGUACCACCACACCCAGCUAAUAUUUGCAUUUUUAGUAGAGACAGGGUUUUGCCAUGUUGGCCAGACUGGUCUCGAACUCCCGACCUCAGGCGACCUGCCCAUCUCUGCCUCCCAAAGUGCUGGGAUUACAGGCAUGAGCCACGUCGCCUGGACUUCCUUUAUUUUAGAUAGCACAGGGUCAUGGAAGAUAAAGUGAUGCCUUCCUUCCCCUACCCCCUACCCCGAUUUCUACUGCUUGCAUUAUUUCUUAGGGUAAAGAAUCUUCUUAGGUGGCUGGAAGACUCUAUUCCCACCGUAGUUUAGUCCUGGAUGUGUGAUUAAAGAAAUCCAGUGGUUGCCCUGCGCUGAGAAGGACAGCCGGGCCUGGGUUCUCUCCUGGCUCAGUAUAGCCCCCUCCCCACUCCUGCUGAGGACUCCCAGGGAAGCUGGAGGCAGCUCUGGGGCGUUUUCUCUGUCUUCCCUAGACUUUUCUUCAGCUGCCCAAACAGUAGAGGGAUGCUGAAGCCCUCUCUUCCCGCAGUCUGUCCCUAAGGGUUGCGCUGGCACCUGCGCCCCCAGUGCCCCUUGGCAGCACUCCUUUGGUUUCAGGGCUUGUCUGCCAUUUUUCUUUUUUUUUCUUUCUUUUUUUUUUUAAGACAGGGUCUCAGUCUGUCAUCCAGGCUGGAGUGCAGUGAUGCAAUCUCAUUUCACUGCAACCUCUGCCUCCCGGGCUUAAGUGAUCCUGCCACCUCAGCCUCCCAAGUAGCUUGGGAACCACAGGCUCACGCUACCAUGCCCGGCUAAUUUUUGUAUUUUUUGUAGAGACAGGGUUUCGCCAUGUCACCCAGGCUGGUCUCAAACUCCUGGGCUCAAGCGAUCUGCCUGCCUCAGCCUCCCAAAGUUCUGGGAUUGCAGGUGUGAGCCAACAUGCCCGGCCUGCUAUUUUUCAGUUUGUGGCAGAAAAGUUGUUUUCCUUUCCUCAUUUUGUGGUUGCUGCUUUAUUCACUUAUUUGUUUUUUUAACUUUUUAAAAAGCAACAUUUGGUUCAUUUCACCAGGAGCUGGGGAGGGAGGUACAGGAGGCUGCCCUGAUCCUUUGUUGGGUUUGACCUGGAGACUUCGGGCUUGACAUGACAGAGCGACUGCACCCACUGGUUGUCCUCUAAGAAGGCGUGAGGGGAACCCCAGACGCCUCUGCAGGAGCCAGAGACAUUCCUAGGGGGUCACAGGGUCAGCUGAGGUGAACAGGGAUUCUGGAAUGAGGAAGCCAAGGGGAUGGAAGGGAGGAGGCUGCCAGGGAAACGCCCAGAGCACGUGCUCCUGCCCGACACCUCCUGGCAGAGAACAGGAGCUGGCAAGAGAGGAAACCCGCUUGUGGUGGGGGCACUGAAAGGCAGGGCCUGGCUGGGAUGGGGGCCCAGCCUAGGCUGAAAACGAAGAGAAAGGAAAGAGGGUGCCGGUGUCCCACGCACUGUGGACCCCCAGCCCUGGCCCUGGGGUGGCAGGGGCAGAACUGGGCACUGCAGGGACCUCCUCAGCCCACCCUCCUCCUGCUUCCUGGCAGGGAUGAGAGAGGGAAGCAGGAGGCAGGGUGGGAUUGCCAGCUGCUCUCGGAUCGUUUUUUUUUUUUUUUUUUUUUUUUUAAGAGACGGGAUCGUGCUAUGUUGCUAGGCUAGUCUUGAACUCCUGGGCUCAAGUGAUCCUCCUGCCUCUGCCUUCCAAAUUACAGGCAUGAGCCACUGCACCAAGCCUGGAUCUUUUUUUUUUUGUUAAACAACUUUGUUGAGAUAUAACUCACGGCCAGACACAGUGGCUCACACCUAUAAUCCUAGCACUUUCGGAGGCUGAGGUGGGAGGAUCACUUGAGCCUAGGAGUUUGAGACCAGCCCAGGCAACAUAGUGAGACCCCCAUCUCUACAGAAAACAACAACAACAACAAAAAUGAGCCUGGCAUGGCGGCACAUAUCUGUAUUCCCAGAUACUCCGGAGGCUAAGGUAGAGGAUCACUUAAGCCCAGAAGACGGAUGCUGCCGUGAGCUGAGAUUGCACCAUUGCACUCCAGCCUGAGCAACAGAGCAAGACCUUGUCUCAAAAAAAAAAAAAAAAGAGGAAGAGCUAUAAACCAUACGGCACACAAUUCACCCGUUUAAGAUGCUUUUAGUGUAUUCACAGAUGUGUGCAAUCGCCGCCACAGUUAACUUUAGGACAUUCCAUCAUCUGUAAAGGAAACAUCCCCUACCUUUAGCUACCACCCUGAUAGACAGGGGGCCUGAAGACCCCUCAGUGAUGCAGGGCAGGGCUGGAGUGGGGGCCCUGGGCUGACUUUAUUGCUCUGCUAUUGCUGCCUUGAAAUUCUGAAUACGUUUUUAAAACAAACGCACCAUCCUUUCAUUUUGCCCUGAGCUCCACAGACGAUAUAGCUGGUCCUGAAGUGGGGCAGAGGAUCAUUCUGACUUGGAGUCAGACGCUAGCGACGCAGGCUUCUACUGGGUGGAGGCCCAGGAGCUCAGGAGCCUUCUGUGGGAGUGUGCCCAUUGGCAGCGCAUCCCUGUAGAUGGACGGACAAUUUCCACAUCGCCUUUGCCCCUGUGCACGCUCCCUCUGGCUGCCGUCAUAAAUGACCACAAACUGGGUGGCUUAAAACAACAGAAAUGUAUUUGCUCGUGGUUCUGGAGGCCAGAGGUCCACACUCCAGGGGUGAACAGGGCCGCACCCCCAUGAAGACUCCAGGGAGGGUCUGCUUCAUGCCUUCUCUUGAGUUUCUAGUGUAGCCACCGACCCUUGGCGUGUCACUCCAGUCUCGGCCUCUGCCAACAUGGGGUGAUCAUGGGGUGUCUAGGUCUAGGGCCCUUCUCCUCUUCUUCUUCUUCUUCUUUCUUUUUGUUUUAAGACAGGGUCUUGCUCUGUCGUCCAGGCUGGAGUGGAGUGGCACUAUCUCAGCUCUGCAACCUACACCUCCCAGGCUCAAGCGAUCCUCCCACCUCAGCCUCCUGAGUAGCUGCGACUACAGGUGUGCACCACAACACCUGGCUAAUUAAAAAAAAAUUUUUUUAGGCCAGGUGCAGUGGUUCAUGCGUGUUAUCCCAGCACUUUGGGAGGCCGAGGCAGGCCGAUCACUUGAGGUCAGGAGAUCGAGACCAGCCUGGCCAACAUGGUGAAACCUUGUCUCUACUUAAAAAUAAAGAAUUAGCUGGGCAUGGUGGCAUGCACCUGUGAUCUCAGAUACUCAGAAGGCUGAGGCAGGAGAAUUGCUUGAACCCGGGAGACAAAGGUUGCAGUGAGCCAAGAUUGUGCCAUUGCGCUGCAGCCUGGGAGACAAGAGCAAGACUCUGUCUCAAAAAAAAAAAUUUUUUUUAGCAGAUUUUAGCAGAGACAAGGUCUCACUGUGUUGCCCAGGCUGGUCUCAAACUCCUGAGCUCAAGCAAUCUGCCCGCCUUGGCCUUUCAAAGUGUGGGAUUACAGGCCUGAGCCACUGCACCCAGCCCUUCUCCUCUUUUAUAAGGGCACCCAUCCCUGGACUAGGGCCCACCCUAAUGACCUCAACUUGAUUACGCUGGCAGAGACUUAUUCCCAAAUGAGGUCCUAUUUACAGGUACUGGGGGUCAAGGCUUCAGCAUUCUUUUAGGGGGGGCCACAAUCAGUGACACCCUGACUCGCAAGCCUCAAUCACCUGUUCCAGUGAGAAACAGGACUGAGAUCAGAAGGAAUGAGGCAGAGCUGCCCUCGGCUGGUUCUCCUCUCCUCCUCACCUGCCCACCCCGGCCUCUGUGCCCGUCACUGUCCUCUCCAGCUGUUCUUCCUUCGGGGCAAGGAGACUCAGCAGAAGGGUACGAGUGGCCUGGCCCUGUGGGGAGCCGCAGACAGGCCUGUGGGUGCUUUGGAUAACUACUGCGCCUGUCAACUCUCCUUGGUAGUCUAGGGUUCAAAGCCCAGGUCCAUUCUAGAAGUCUGCUUCCAAGCGCUAAGGAAGCUUCAAUAGUUACUGGGAAAACCACAGGGGUCAAAGGUCCGUCGAGUUAUUUCCCGGAUCCGAGUCUGACGUCUUUUCCCCGCCGCUUGCGGUGGUUGUGACCGAACUUUGAGUUUUGGAACAGGUCACAUGGCUUUGAAAUCACGGUCCAUUCACCUGGUGCUGCUUUGGCUUCAGGCUCUUCCUUCUGCCCAGCUCCGUCCCACCCAGCAGCCCGCAGAGAAAGGAGGCAGCUGGCACCACACUGGGCUUUGGAGACACUGCGGGGACUGUGGACCCCACCCUGCUGCACGGAGCUCCUGCAAAAGCAAACCUGAGGACCUUGGGUCCUCCCAGCGCCCAGCCAUGGGGGAACUGUGCCGCAGGGACUCCGCACUCACGGCACUGGACGAGGAGACACUGUGGGAGAUGAUGGAGAGCCACCGCCACAGGAUCGUACGCUGCAUCUGCCCCAGCCGCCUCACCCCCUACCUGCGCCAGGCCAAGGUGCUGUGCCAGCUGGACGAGGAGGAGGUGCUGCACAGCCCCAGGCUCACCAACAGCGCCAUGCGGGCCGGGCACUUGCUGGAUUUGCUGAAGACUCGAGGGAAGAACGGGGCCAUCGCCUUCCUGGAGAGCCUGAAGUUCCACAACCCUGACGUCUACACCCUGGUCACCGGGCUGCAGCCUGAUGUUGACUUCAGCAACUUUAGCGGUCUCAUGGAGACAUCCAAGCUGACCGAGUGCCUGGCUGGGGCCAUCGGCAGCCUGCAGGAGGAGCUGAACCAGGAAAAGGGGCAGAAGGAGGUGCUGCUGCGGCGGUGCCAGCAGCUGCAGGAGCACCUGGGCCUGGCCGAGACCCGUGCCGAGGGCCUGCACCAGCUGGAGGCUGACCACAGCCGCAUGAAGCGUGAGGUUAGCGCACACUUCCAUGAGGUGCUGAGGCUGAAGGACGAGAUGCUCAGCCUCUCGCUGCACUACAGCAAUGCGCUGCAGGAGAAGGAGCUGGCCGCCUCACGCUGCCGCAGCCUGCAGGAGGAGCUGUAUCUACUGAAGCAGGAGCUGCAGCGAGCCAACAUGGUUUCCUCCUGCGAGCUGGAAUUGCAAGAGCAGUCCCUGAGGACGGCCAGCCACCAGGAGUCCAGGGAUGAGGAGCUGAACCGCCUGAAGGAGGAGAAUGAGAAACUGCGCUCGCUGACUUUCAGCCUGGCGGAGAAGGACAUUCUGGAGCAGAGCCUGGACGAGGCACGGGGGAGCCGACAGGAGCUGGUGGAGCGCAUCCACUCGCUGCGGGAGCGGGCCGUGGCUGCCGAGAGGCAGCGAGAGCAGUACUGGGAAGAGAAGGAACAGACCCUGCUGCAGUUCCAGAAGAGUAAGAUGGCCUGCCAGCUCUACAGGGAGAAGGUGAACGCGCUGCAGGCCCAGGUGUGCGAGCUGCAGAAGGAGCGAGACCAGGCGUACUCCGCGAGGGACAGUGCUCAGAGGGAGAUUUCCCAGAGCCUGGUGGAGAAGGACUCCCUCCGCAGGCAGGUGUUCGAGCUGACGGACCAGGUCUGCGAGCUGCGCACACAGCUUCGCCAGCUGCAGGCAGAGCCUCCGGGUGUGCUCAAGCAGGAAGCCAGGACCAGGGAGCCCUGUCCACGGGAGAAGCAGCGGCUGAUGCGGAUGCAUGCCAUCUGCCCCAGAGACGACAGCGACUGCAGCCUCGUCAGCUCCACAGAGUCUCAGCUCUUGUCGGACCUGAGCGCCACGUCCAGCCGCGAGCUGGUGGACAGCUUCCGCUCCAGCAGCCCCGCGCCCCCCAGCCAGCAGUCCCUGUACAAGCGGGUGGCCGAGGACUUCCGGGAAGAACCCUGGUCUUUCAGCAGCUGCCUGGAGAUCCCGGAGGGAGACCCGGGAGCCCCGCCGGGAGCUAAGGCAGGCGACCCACACCUGGAUUAUGAGCUCCUAGACACGGCAGACCUUCCGCAGCUGGAAAGCAGCCUGCAGCCAGUCUCCCCUGGAAGCCUUGAUGUCUCGGAGAGCGGCGUCCUCAUGCGGCGGAGGCCAGCCCGCAGGAUCCUGAGCCAGGUCACCAUGCUGGCGUUCCAGGGGGAUGCAUUGCUGGAGCAGAUCAGCGUCAUCGGCGGGAACCUCACGGGCAUCUUCAUCCACCGGGUCACCCCGGGCUCGGCGGCGGACCAGAUGGCCUUGCGCCCGGGCACCCAGAUCGUGAUGGUUGAUUACGAAGCCUCAGAGCCCUUGUUCAAGGCAGUCCUGGAGGACACGACCCUGGAGGAGGCCGUGGGGCUUCUCAGGAGGGUGGACGGCUUCUGCUGCCUGUCUGUGAAGGUCAACACGGACGGUUAUAAGAGGCUACUCCAGGACCUGGAGGCCAAGGUGGCGACCUCGGGGGACUCAUUCUACAUCCGGGUCAACCUGGCCAUGGAGGGCAGGGCCAAAGGGGAGCUGCAGGUGCAUUGCAACGAGGUCCUGCACGUCACCGACACCAUGUUCCAGGGCUGCGGCUGCUGGCAUGCCCACCACGUGAACUCUUACACCAUGAAGGAUACUGCCGUGCACGGCACCAUCCCCAACUACUCCAGGGCUCAGCAGCAGCUCAUAGCCCUCAUCCAGGACAUGACUCAGCAGUGCACCGUGACCCGCAAGCCAUCUUCUGGGGGACCACAGAAGCUGGUCCGCAUCGUCAGUAUGGACAAAGCCAAGGCCAGCCCUCUGCGUUUGUCCUUUGACAGGGGCCAGUUGGACCCCAGCAGGAUGGAGGGCUCCAGCACGUGCUUCUGGGCCGAGAGCUGCCUCACCCUGGUGCCCUAUACCCUGGUGCGGCCCCAUCGACCCGCCCGGCCCCGGCCUGUGCUCUUCGUGCCCAGGGCGGUUGGGAAGAUCCUGAGGGAGAAACUGUGCCUCCUCCAAGGGUUUAAGAAGUGCCUGGCAGAGUACUUGAGCCAGGAGGAGUAUGAGGCCUGGAGCCAGAGAGGGGACAUCAUCCAGGAGGGAGAGGUGUCCGGGGGCCGCUGCUGGGUGACCCGCCAUGCUGUGGAGUCCCUCAUGGAAAAAAACACCCAUGCCCUCCUGGACGUCCAGCUGGACAGUGUCUGCACCCUACACAGGAUGGACAUCUUCCCCAUCGUCAUCCACGUCUCUGUCAACGAGAAGAUGGCAAAGAAGCUCAAGAAGGGCCUACAGCGGUUGGGCACCUCAGAGGAGCAGCUCCUGGAGGCUGCGAGGCAGGAGGAGGGAGACCUGGACCGGGCACCCUGUCUAUACAGCAGCCUGGCUCCUGACGGCUGGAGCGACCUGGACGGCCUGCUCAGCUGUGUCCGCCAGGCCAUCGCCGACGAGCAAAAGAAGGUGGUGUGGACGGAGCAGAGCCCCCGAUGAUGCACCGUGCCCCUUCCCGGGACUGUGGGGGCUUCUGUGUGCCUGUUAAUGCAGUCCUGUUCCUCAGCCCAGGCCCUCUUGGCACAGCUGUGGGCUCCUUGGCACAUGAGGCCAGCUCUCCCCACUGGCUGGGGUCUAACCUUGAACCCUCACCACGUGCAGGUCACACACAGUGAAGCCACUUGUAACUGCACACUUUCCUGUGGAAACAUCUUCACCCUUUACCAGGCUUGGCAUGGUCUGAACUGGAAACCCUGAGAAUGUUUCUGCAGUGGGACAGGAGGGACGUCUUCCUAUGCCUUCCCUAGAACCGGAGGCCCCGGACCUCUCUGGAAAACCGCCUGUCUGCAGGCCCGAUUCAAAUCUAUGGGGGCUGCACUUCCCUUUUACAUUUUGAUGUGUCAAAGGCUUUUGGAGUGACCAAAAGCACAGAGGCAGCGGGUGGGGAGCCUGGGUGGUCCCCAAGGUCGCUGCCACCCUUGCCCGGGGCAGAGGCACAAGCCCACAUAUGCUGUGACCCUGGCCACCUUUUCUCAGCUUCUGAGGCUGCGAUGCCUCAGGAACUCCAGUUUACAGAGACCAGUGUGUUUACUUGUAAAUAAAGCCUCUGGGUGGUGGAGACGGUACUUUCAGUGGGUCUGUGCCCCGUGGCCUCUGUGCCUGUUUGGUGGGGGUGUCCCAGAGAAGCCUGACACCAGUACCCCCGUACAAGGCCCAGUGGACUCUGCCUUCCCCGACCUGGCUUUGCACCCCAGCCCUUCUUGGGCCAAACAUCUUUACUCCACCUUCAGGGCUCGGGGAGGACCCAGGUCCCCCAGCACCUGGCCUUGCCCCUGCCUCCUGGGGCUGUUGCAGACUGAAUAUCAUUUUGACAGCAGUGUCCAAGAAUCAGGAAGCUGUUCUAGAAUUCAGGUUGGUAUCAUCAUAAAUGAGUUCAGAAAAAGAACUUCUGUAUAUUUUACUAAAAUAAAAAGCUUUUACAAUA